GCUCCUGCCAUGACUUGUGUUAGUCUGAGAGGAUUGAUUUAUUAGUCGUCGAUAUGGAUUGAAAAGAGUGUGGCUGUUAUUUUUCACAUGGCAGGGCAGUGGAAAAGUAACUUACCCGACGAUUACAGGAAUGGAAUAAACUUAAGUCCUCGGCUUCAGCGAAACAGACAAAGAGGAUUGAAGGUGAGCUAUGACCAUGGAGGCUGCAUUUCACCCUCUCUUCACCACAACUGGCCAUCUGCCCUGGUUGCUUCUGACUCUGUUUACAUCGUGGACAGCCUAUUGUUCUGCAGAUAUAAAGCAGACAAGAAAACCAUUAUAUACCCAGAAGCCAGUUCUUCUUGCCUGGAAUGCCCCAACACAGGAGUGUGCACCACGAUAUAAAGUAGCCUUAUCUUUGAGCCAGUUUGAUGUUGUAGCAACCCCCAAUGAGGGCUUUGUGGGACAGAAUCUCACAAUCUUCUAUAAGGAACGUCUUGGGUUAUAUCCCUAUUAUAAGCAUGAUGGCAGUGCAGUUAAUGGAGGCCUUCCACAGCUUGUCAGCCUCACCGAGCACUCAAAAAAGAUGCCUGGAGGUCUUGAAAAAUAUAUAAAAGCACCAGGGGCAAAGGGUUUGGCUGUUAUUGACUGGGAGGAGUGGCGCCCUUUGUGGAUCAGAAAUUGGGAUGCUAAAAUUAUCUAUCGAAAUAAGUCCUAUGAAAUGGUAGCCAAAAAGAACCCUAAGUGGACCUCAAAACAAGUGGAGAAAGUUGCAGAACAAGAAUUUGAACUUUCAGCUCGAAGAUUUAUGUUGGAGACUUUGAAACUGGCCAAGAACAUGAGGCCCAAUCAGCUGUGGGGCUUCUACCUGUUUCCAGAUUGUUACAACCAUGGCUACAAGAGUAGCCUGCGAAACUACACAGGCCAAUGUCCUCCUGUAGAGGUGGACCGCAAUAAUCAGCUCAGCUGGUUGUGGAUGGAAUGUACAGCACUUUUCCCCUCAGUAUACAUGGAAUCUGUACUACGCUCAACAAGCCAGGGGCGCCUUUUUGUCCGAAACAGGGUGAAAGAGGCGAUGCGCCUGGCAUCUGUUGGGGAUGGAUUAGCACGUCCUGUUUUUGUUUACACCCGACCUACUUAUAUCAGUCAGACGACUCUCCUAACUGAGACAGAUUUGGUCUCCACAAUAGGUGAGAGUGUUGCACUUGGAGCUGCAGGCGUAAUCUUCUGGGGGGACACCUCCUAUGCAAGCAGCAGUGCUAACUGCUCCACCAUAAAUGAGUAUCUUUUGGGACCGCUGGGCCGGUACCUGCUCAAUGUGUCUACAGCAGCAGAGCAGUGCAGCCAGGUGGUAUGUAAAUUCAAUGGCCGCUGUCUUCGCAGAGUACCGGACAGCGAUGUAUAUCUGCAUCUCAGCCCCUCAACACACAAGAUAACUAAUCAGAGUGGCCAGCUCAAGGUUACAGGAGCGCUCAGCCAAGCUGAAGUGGAUUUUUUCCACAAGCACUUCCAGUGCCAAUGCUACAGUGGGUACAGCGGUGAUGACUGUGCUCUGAAAGAAAAAGGGCAGAAUAGAGCCUCCUCUGUAUUAGGGACUUGGCCUCUUUGCCUUUUUCUCCCACUCGGACUGCUUACUCUACUACACUGAGGAAACUAAGAAGCCCAAACUAUUUACUACUUCUGCCAGCCCGGAGGUGGACAGUUUAGACUUUUUAACAUAAAGGUCGAAAUUAUGUUGAUGCAUUGACAGUAGCAAGUAGUCAGUCCUGGAAUCAGAAACCUCCCAAAGCCGCAGGUGGUUUUUGUCGAGGCAUGCAGACUCAUGGGAUAGCAAUAUUUGUGGGUGACAAGCUGUAGUAUGAAAUUGCUAACUUCCAAAUAACAGGCUGGAGUUAAUGUCCUACCACCAAGAUUUGACCAGCCAUUAACUUGUAGGAAAUCAUGUCUAAAAUCAGUUUUUUAUUAAAGGUAUCUGCUAUGCUCCAUACACACCCUGACCUCCAGAUAAGUAGAUGUUGCACAGCUUUACAGGACCAUAGUGUAAUUGUUGGGCUGUGUCCACAGUGAAAAGAAGCCAAAACGUUUUUGUUUUUUGUUUUUUUUAAUGCAUUUUUUUAUGAUGGGUACAACAUGAGAACAAUACAUGGCUUAGAGUAGAAAAAUUGGAUAAAAGGGAACAGACGCACACAUAUUUACAGUUUGUUGGUGCUUCACAACAACGUUAUUUUAUAUUAUAGUAUGGAUAUCGAGCUUUUAAGUGUCUUAUGAAUUAAAUACAAACCAUUUAUAAUGUCUAAAUGUUAUAACGAUUACAAAUCUCUAGUUAUCUUUUGCUAAUAGAAACAACAAGGCCGGACCUGCCCAUUUUUAGUUUAAUAUUGUGUCUUAACAGGGCUACAACCAGCUCUCUUUUGCAGUUGCCUUUGUUUGCAGAAGUCUUUAUGUCCUUGCUUUAUAUUCAAAUGAGCGUAUGACCAGAACAGUGCAGACCAAAUAGACAUGCUGCAUGGUAUCCUCUAACUUAAAUGGAUAUCACUGUGAAAACAAGUCAUGUAACCAUUAGGAAAUAUAUCAGAUGGGUGGAUUAUCACUGGGAAUUUAAACACAACUAUUCACUGUAACCUAACAAGCAAAAGAUCCCUGGUUCGAUCCUGGGAGGAGAAACUAGUAGUCUGUGUGCAACCCCUUGUGAAUAAGGGAGCAGCUGAAAGUCUGGUGUAACUGAUUAUAGCCAAUUUCAGCUUUUUCCUGAAGUACUGGAAUAGGCUAUAUGCUGGCUCCAUUUAUAACCAAAUGUACAGGAUCAUUUUGAAAUUGUUUGUGAUUGCUAAACACCUUGAAUAUUAGGUGACUGAACAAACAUGUAUAUCAGCCUCAGAAAACCAAUGUUUAUGAGGCUUAGCUUGAUUUGCUUGCACUGCGGCUUGUGUCAAGGAUCCUGCCAGUGAUUCAAACUAGCUGAGCAGUUUCAUAUUUAUACUGUAAGUUCUAAUUUCAGUAACUAAAAUGAGUUAUGAUAGAAGCUGGCAGGUGGUUUUUCACAAACGGUAGUGUCAGAAUUGCACAGACUGUUGAAUUGUGUUGUUACAUGUAUGUAUAUUGCAAAUGUCUUAAAAUUCUGCACUUUCAUGUAGAGGUGGAUUGGUCGUCAUUACAUGUUGUGAGGUGUGAAACUGAAUGAAUACUGUCGGUGCAUGGCAGUAUUAUAGUGGCUUUUCCCAUAUAAUGUGUCAUAUUAGAGAUACUGUUUCACUGUGAAUCUUGUCGAAAAUGCAAGGGUUGCCUCUAUUGUUGUUAUACCUCUCUGCCUCGGCUUUCAUCUCAGUUAUUUUUUAAGAAGUAUUCAAAUUUUUAAAGUCUCUUUUUUUUUUUUUUUUUUUUUAAAUAUGCAUAUUCUUUUAGAGCAAAUGUUUCUUAGUUACACAAAAAUAAAACAAAGAUCUUACACAGUAACACUUGAUUAGCUGGUCUACAAUGAGAAGAAUACUUUUUACCUAUUUAACACACAUUUUGUGAUUCUGUUAUUAGUAAUUACAUUCAAUAUUAAGAUAUAAAUAAUGUAAUCAAAAUAUACUGGUUAUUGUUUCAAAGAAAAUUAACAAAAUCAAAGUGUGCUGUAUCUAAAACAUUUCAUAUUCAUCUUUUGCAUUGAGGAAUUACAUUAUUAAAAAUAUUUUUUAUGUGA